UGAAAAUUAUAAGCAAAAUCACUACAGCACUGUAAAGAUAUGGCAAAAUUAUUGGAAAUUAAUCUGGAAUUAAACUUCAAGGAAAUGAGAAACAGAAUUGGUGUAGUAAUUGAUUAAGACUCUGGGCGUCGCUGUUCACCAAGAUGGGAGAGAAGCUGUAAGGGAAGCCGCCGAACUCUGCCUUUUCGUAUGGAACACGGAUAAGAUAAACUCCUGGGGAGAGCCACGCAUCUGUGCCCCCACUCCCACCUUGGCCAGGGGAUAUGUUCCUCUUGGUAUUAGAAAAACAGGGAAAUAGCAGACUGAGCCAAGAGUGAAAGAAAAUUGGACGCAGGGAAGGCAAUGGCGGAGCCACGGAAGCCCUGGAGCUGCAGAGAGCUGCCACUGCUUGUCGUGCUGCUGGGGACAUUGUGCGCUCAGGGAGCCGGGCAGAUCCGUUACUCAGUCCCCGAAGAGCUGGAGAAAGGCGCCUUGGUGGGCGACAUCGCCAAGGACCUGGGGCUGGAGCCGCGGGAGCUGGUGGAGCGCGGAGUCCGCAUCGUCUCCCGAGGUAGGGCGCAGCUGUUCGCUCUGAACGCGCGCAGCGGCAGCUUGGUCACGGCGGGCAGGAUAGACCGCGAGGAGCUCUGUGCCCAGAGCCUGCGGUGCGUGGUGAGCUUCAACGUCUUGGUGGAGAAUAAAAUGAAAAUUUAUGGAGUGGAGGUAGAAAUAAUGGAUAUCAAUGAUAACUUCCCGCGAUUCCGGGAUGAGGAAUUAAAAGUAAAAAUCAAUGAAAAUGCUGCUGUGGGGACGCGGUUGGUGCUUCCCUUUGCGCGGGAUGCGGAUGUGGGUGUGAACUCGCUCCACAGUUACCAGCUCAGCUCCAAUCUGCACUUCUCUCUGGAUGUGAAAAGCGGAAAGGAUGGGCAGAAAUACCCGGAGCUGGUGCUGGAACAGCCCCUGGACCGCGAGAAAGAAGCUGCUUACAACCUCCUGCUUACUGCCUUGGAUGGCGGAGAGCCCACACUCUCUAGCACCGCGCAAAUCCACGUGGAGAUCCUCGACGCAAACGACAACGCGCCGCUGUUCGCUCGAUCUGAGUACAGAGUGAGUGUGCCGGAAAAUGUCCCCGUGGGCACUCAGCUCCUCACGCUGACCGCUACGGACCCAGACGAAGGGAUAAACGGAAAACUAACCUACUCUUUCCGCAAUGAGGAAGACAAAAUUGCAGAGACUUUCCAGCUUGAUCCCAACACGGGGGAAAUCUCGACGGUGCAGCCCCUGGAUUAUGAAAAAACCAGCUUCUACCGCAUGGAAGUGGUAGCCCAGGAUGGAGGCGCCCUCCUGGCCAGCGCUACCCUGUUGGUCACAGUCCAAGACGUGAAUGACAAUGUCCCCGAAGUGAUCCUCACCUCUCUAACCAGUUCUGUGGCUGAGGACUGCCUUCCUGGGACACUGAUUGCACUGUUCAGUGUGCAUGAUGCUGAUUCUGCAGAGAAUGGUGAAAUUGAAUGCUCUGUCCCCAGCAAUCUGCCUUUUAAACUGGAAAAGUCCAUUGAUAAUUACUAUCACCUGCUAACCACAAGAGCCCUGGACAGGGAAGAGAUUUCAGAUUACAAUAUCACAGUAACCGUCAAGGACCAUGGAACUCCUGCCCUGUCUACAGAAAAUCACAUCUUCCUGAAAGUCCGUGAUGUGAAUGACAAUCCACCCACUUUCACUCAUGCCUCCUACUACACCUCCCUCCUAGAAAACAACCCCAGGGGUGUCUCCAUCUUCUCCGUGACAGCUCAUGACCCCGACAGUGGUGACAAUGCUCAGGUCACUUACUCCCUGGCUGAAUAUACAUUUCAGGGAGCACCUCUGUCCUCCUACAUCUCCAUCAACACUGACACUGGUGUCCUGUAUGCACUGCGCUCCUUCGACUAUGAGCAGUUCCGAGACCUGCAGCUCUGGGUGACAGCCAGUGACAGUGGGGAACCACCACUCAGCAGCAAUGCCUCGUUCACCCUCUCUGUGCUGGACCAGAAUGACAAUGCCCCUGAGAUCCUCUACCCCACCAUCCCCACCGAUGGAUCCACAGGUGUGGAGCUGGCACCCCGCUCCGCAGAACCUGGCUACCUGGUAACCAAGGUGGUGGCAGUGGACAGGGACUCUGGCCAGAACGCCUGGCUGUCCUACCGGCUGCUCAAGGCCAGUGAGCCAGGGCUGUUCUCUGUGGGGCUGCACACGGGCGAGGUGCGCACAGCGCGGGCCCUGCUGGACAGAGAUGCACUCAAACAGAGCCUGGUGGUGGCCGUCCAGGACCACGGGCAGCCGCCUCUCUCGGCCACUGUCACACUCACAGUGGCCGUGGCCGACAGCAUCCCCGCAGUGCUGGCUGACCUGGGCAGCCUCAAGCCUUCAGUGGAAGCUGAUGAGGCAGACCUCACUCUGUACCUGGUGGUGGCAGUGGCUACAGUGUCGUGUGUCUUCCUGGCCUUUGUGAUUGUGCUGCUGGCGCUCAGGCUGAGGCGCUGGCACCACUCCCGCCUCCUGCAAGCCUCAAGAGGAAGAUUGUCAGGCAUGCCAGCCUCACACUUUGUGGGAGUGGACACCUUCCUGCAGACCUAUUCUCAUGAGAUCUCUCUUACCUCGGACUCCCGGAAAAGCCAUUUGAUCUUCCCACAGCCCAACUAUGCAGACAUGCUCAUUAGCGAAGACAGUUGUGAGAAACAAGAGCCUCUCCUGGUGUCUGAUAAGAUAAACCCAAGCAAGGAGGAGCCUGGAGCCAUUCAGGUCAGUUUUCUUGCAGUUGGUGGGGAGAGGAAAUUCUUCAGUGUGAGCCCAGGGAACGGGAACUUGGUUGUGGGCGACCGCAUAGACCGAGAGCAGAUCUGUGGCCAGAAGGCAACGUGCUUCGUGGAAUUCGAGGUGGUGGCCGUGAAACCAUUAACCUUCUUCCACGUCACCGUGCUGAUCCAGUACCUCAACCACAUGCCCAUCUUCAGCGACAACAGCACCAAACUGGAAAUUAGCGAGCUUGCACCGGCUGGAACCACCUUCGCUGCUGGAAAGGAGCCAGACGGCAGCAGUUACCCAGAGCUGGUGCAGAUGGUGCCCCUGGACAGGGAGCAGCAGGCUCGCCACCUCCUGGUCCUCACAGCCAUGGACUGCGGUACACUACCCAGGAGUUACACAACCCCGGUCCAGGUCAUUGUGGCUGACGCCCACGAUAACUCGCCAAACUUCACCUUGGACGUGUACUCAGCAAGCGUCCGGGAGAACCUCCCUGCCAACUCGGCGGUGCUGCCUAGAGUCAUGGCCACGGACACGGAUGAGGGCGGCAAUGCCAAGAUCACCUACCCCUUCAUCAAUGUUGGCGAGGCAGCCAGACAGUUGUUCAGGUUGGGUAGUAAGACAAGGGAGCGCAGCAUGGGUGCAGAGAUGGACUUUGAGGAGAGAGUCUUUGCUGAUUUAAGGACCCUUAUAUUAAUGCUGAGGAGAGUAAACGGCGUGUGGAACUGCCCUUCUUACUCCUAA